AUGAAGGCCCUGGAGAUGGAGGACGAACUUGACAAGUGGAUUCCGCGCGCUCUAGCAGAUGCGAAGACUACUCCGCCAGUUCAGACGUUCAUCGAAGGCGAGUUCUCUUCGUUCAAUGGGGUCGCCUUCGGCAAAUACUCGUCUGCAGUCGAACGGGGGUCUGCGGUGGAAGCCACCCGCAAGGCCUCGCUAGAAUACGGCGGGCAGAAAAUGCGGGCCAAGCCAGAGCAGCCCCUCGAGACAAGGGCGUUGCAGAGCGUCCUAUUCGGAGGCAAGAAGACGCUGGUCGUCUGGGGAUUCGACGAGAGAAGUCUCUGGGCAUAUGCUUCAACCAUGAGUUUGUCUUGCGGGAACGACCUCGUGAUCAAAGUGGCCGUGGAUUACAAGACGCCCACUAUUGAGUAUGGCGCGGAGUGGGAGACAGACCUCAUGCCAGACGGCGCGAACAAGGCCGUCGAUGACCUGCUCGACGCGGCGAAGGAGAAGCUGCAGCGAAGCUCCGCUCCAAGCAAGGGCCUCGGCAAAGGCAAGGGCGUGCGGUCUUUGUAG